AUGUUAUUAUAAUUUGAUGGCUGUGUUUUAUUUUAGUUAAACAGCAAAGCAAAGGUAAUUACAAAGAUCCAAUAAAGUAUUAUCAUAAAGGAUUAGACAAACUUAUAGGAAAUCUCUUUCAAAAGAACAGAGGGAUCUCAUAAACAUAGUAGGAUUGGCAAGAGUUUGAUAAUGGAAAUAAAUGAUAUUAUCAAUGAUAUUUGGUACUUUAAAUUGGCCAGGAAAUCUGAAUAAACACUAUAACACUACAGAGAAUAUAAAAUCAUAAGAAAUAAGUUGGAUAAAUAUUUUCAAAAACAACAUCGAAAAGCUAAAAUAUUCAUAUGCUAAUAAUCGAUAAAUAAAUUAAGUACAAAGAGGAAAUUGCUGAAUUUCUUACUCUUUGUUAAUGAAGGAUGA